CAGGUUAAGACGGGGACGUUGGUGGCUGUAUUGGAUGUCGGUGUCCUUGGAGCGGUGAUCGCGGUGACUCUUCUGGCGAUUCAUGGAACCAAAAGGCUCACUUUGGUAGGAAUUUUAUGAACCGUCUUAACCAUCGGCAUGUAUGCAUCGCCAUUGUCAGUCAUGAGGAGAGUAGUAAAGAGCAAGAGUGUGGAGUAUAUGCCAUUUUUGCUCUCAUUUUUCUUGUUCCUCAAUGCUGGUGUUUGGUCUGCUUAUGCAGUGCUGGUGAAGGAUAUCUACAUUGGAGUGGCAAAUGCAACUGGUUUUAUCCUGGGAUCAGCUCAGUUGAUUCUUUAUGUUAUGUAUAUGAACAAGUCUGUUUCGAGUGAGGCCAAUGAAGAAUGCUCGAGUGAGGUAUAA